GUCUAACAUUGUCGAUAGUAUUCUGAGCUUCAAGGCGCGCCAGGCAGCUCCGCUUUUCUGUCGUACGACGGAAUCGGUAAAGUCUGACAUCAGGACCAUCUUUUGUUGUUGCCGUUCCCAGAGAGCUGCAUCGCUUCAUGAGACUCGUCAAUGUUUCAAGUUCUGUUCUCUCCUUCGGUUCUUGUCAUAAUUUCAGAGUCCAACGCAACGAAUCAAAAUGAAGUUUUCUAUCGCCGCUUCCGCUCUAUCUACUCUCAUCCUUCCUUUCAUGGUUUUGGCAGAACCCUCCUGCACCCCCUGCCCGGAACCUUAUGCCAACUUGAUGUUUUGGGAAUUGUCAUCUGGUAAGUUUGGAAGUUGAAAGAGACACAACGUAUGAUUUUAUUGAUAGUUUUGAAUUACAGUCGCACCUGAGCUGACCCAUGGCCGGUUGAUAUAUUCUUAUCCUUCUUUUGCAAUCCCACGUGAUUUAUUCAUGGCACAAACCACUAUUGUUUCCUCAGAUGCUGUCGUCAAUGCCGAAUAUCUCGGUUUCACCUCGGAGGCCUGGAAUGCUGGAAUGGAAACUUAUGCGACAAUGCUUGAGUGGGACGACCUCGAAGACUAUCAGAUAAGUGCGGCCAAUCACCUUUUUGGAUGCACUAGUGAAAGCGAAUGGAAUUGUGAAAUCGAGGAAGCUGAAAUGAGCCCCACUGUGGAUCCCCCAACCGCGGGAAAUUGUAUUGAUAUGUACCGUUUUGUCGAGUACGGUUUACUCCCAGGAGGUAAGUCUGCCUAUCUCGAACCUCAACCACCAGUACACAUUUAGGAGAGAUCACUUCUAGAUCAAGAAAGCAACUUCUGCCAACCACAAACUGUCCUUUUGUUUUCACUCUGUACCAUUUGUUCCAUCAACACCUUGCAGAGGUCAAAGAAGCUGCAAGAGAGCUCGCUUACACCGCCGAUGCGUGGAAUGCUGGGUUGGACACCUUCAAAACCUCGUUGUAUGACUGGGAUGAUCUUAACUCCGACGAACAGGCUGCCGCUCAUGUCUUGGGAUGCCCCUUGGAUGGUGGAGACUGGGAUGGCUCACUCUGAUUUUCUUCAACGGCUGGCUGCAUGGUGAAGAUGUGUUGAUAAAUCAGCCGGAUCUGAUUCCGAUAGGAAAUACUUGUAGCAUUUUCUAGAGUUUAAAAGUAAAACCAUAUUUUUCAA